CAAGACCCGUCUGAUAUCCACAACAAAAGCCACAUCCAGCAGGCACCUCUGUCGCACUUACAACAUGUCACGACCAGAACUUAUCGCCCCACCUGAAAUGUAUUAUGGUGACACAGAAGCGAAGAAGUACACCAAUAACACUCGUAUUCAGAUGAUCCAGGCAUCAAUGACCUAUCGUGCUCUUGAGCUCCUGAAUCUUCCACCGGACGAACCAGCUUUUCUACUUGAUAUAGGAUGUGGAUCCGGUCUUUCUGGUGAGAUCUUGGAUGAAGAGGGUCAUAUAUGGGCCGGUGUGGAUAUUGCGCCUAGCAUGCUCGAGGUGGCACUAGAGAGAGAAGUAGAGGGCGAUCUCUUCCUACAAGACAUAGGUCAGGGCUUCGGCUUCAGACCGGGAAGCUUUGACGGUGCCAUCAGCAUCUCCGUCAUUCAAUGGCUUCUGAACGCAGAGACAUCCCAUCCAACAUCAUCACCACCGCAUCGCCUCACCCGCUUCUUCACGACCCUCCAUUCAGCCCUCCGCAACCCCUCCCGCGCCGUCCUUCAAUUCUACCCCACAUCAGACGACCAGAUACAACUCAUCACUUCCAUAGCCCAGAAGGCUGGAUUCGGAGGAGGUAUUGUCGUCGAUUAUCCUAAUUCCAAAAAGGCGAGGAAGGUGUUUUUGUGUCUGUUCGUGGGCGGAGGUGGGCCGGCACAGGUACCGAAGGGACUGCAAGGAGAGGGCGAGGAGGAGAUGGACGAGGACGGGUUUGCACAGGAUGGGAAGGCGAAGUUUGAGAAGAGGAGACAGAGGGAGCAGAGGAGAGAGAGGAGCGGAAAGAAGGGUAAGAAGGUUAUUGAUAAGGAUUGGAUCUUGAAAAAGAAAGAGCUUUACCGGAGACGAGGAAAAGACGAUGUCCCAAAGGACUCAAAAUACACCGGUCGGAAACGGAAGGCUGUUUUCUGAUCCUUGCCGUCUCAUUCAUUGUAUCCUGCUGCAUAUUGUAUCGUCUCCUCCAGAAGCAUGUUGCUUUAUUAGAUUUGCC